CCGUCGGAAUAAUAAUUAAAGUCGAAAUUGCACCAGCAGCAGCGACAACAACAACCACUAGAGACGCGACUUUGGGACUUUAUUUAUUUAAAUACUUUGUUUAGUACGAGAUAUUUGUGUUAAUUUUCGGGUGCAUUGAUUUCCGUAGAAAACGCCAAGCAUAUGAAAACGGAGCCAGUGAAAUUGAUUUUGAUAUGGAUUUUAAUUUUUGGUGCACAAUAAAUAUAAAAUAAAAUAAAUUGGCAGCGGCAAAUGAAUAGUGUAUUUUUGUAAAAAGAAAAAUAAAGAAAGAAAGCAAUUCAGCGGGCGAAUAAAACGUGGAAACAAGUUUGUUGUAGUCGCUUUUUUGGUGCAAAUAAUGCAAUUAAUUGGAUAAAAAAGUGCAGUGUUGCAUAUAAAAACAAAUCCUCAGGGUCCACAAAAGAGUGUAAACAAGACGCGCGGCAAAAAAGCCGAACGGCAAUUUGUGCACACACCGUCAAGGAAGCUCGAGUAGAAAGCGCCUCCUAAUCUAAGGACAAACAUGACGUUGCCAUUGCCACGCGCCUGAUCAGCAAACCGACAGCCAGCAGAAUGUUCAGUCUGCUCAGCAGCUCACAGAUCUAUGGCUUGCAGCAAACACCAGAGAACACAGCCGAAGAUUACCAGAAAAAGAGCAACAGCUUGCCCCACAAGGCCCACAAACAGCCUUCCGCACAACAUCGGCGCUCCACCAGCAGUCUGUCGGAUACGGGUGGCAAAUUCUUCGCCACACUCGCCGCCAAAUCACCGAGCACCCUAAUUGAAAAGUUCAUCGGCUACGAUACUGUUAAGUCUCAGGGUAGGACACCGGAGGAUAAGUUGCAUCAGCAGGCCACGAACAGUCCUCUGUAUAGCAAUCUGCAAGCCGACUGGGGCUUCAAUUGCCUUCAGGGCAGCUAUCGCAGCAAUUGUGACGGUGAAUUCUAUGAGGCAGUCCAGGUCAAGCCGACAACGACAUCCACCAGCAGCCACAAUGAGAUGACCAUACGAUUUAAAAAUUUGUUGGCAGCGACUUCGAGUCCCGCUCCGGGUGCCGCCACCCUGCAAAACUAUCAGAAACUACCGGAGCAGAGUCUAACGGCCGAGUUCAACACCCAGUCGGCGGGUCACACGCCGGCCUACAAGAAACUAUCCUUUGGACCGCAUUCUCAGAAGCAAGGCGCGGAGCAUAGCUCAGAUAAUUCGCAAUCCUCGCUCUCCACAAUAACAACAACACGCAGUAGCACACAAAAGUCCAGCGGCAGUGAGGUUCAGCGUAGCUCAUCAGGCUCCUCCUCAGGCUAUGAACCCAACAUGGCUUCAGCCCAUGCCUGUCCAGAGCGCAUGCAACGCCGCAAGUUGCUGCAAAUGAUCUCCAACUAUGACCAGCAGAACAAGCAGCUACAUCGCGAGUUGGCCAAAGAGAAGCGGCGUAGGACCGAGGAGCUAGCCUGUGUGGUGAAGUCGCUGCUGUGCUUCGAGUCGAAGCUCAAGAGCGACAUGAAGACGGUGAAUCAACGCCUUCUGGAGAAGGAUGCCGAGAUAUGCCGGCUGGUGCGUCAGAAUCGCGCCCUCCGCAAGCGUCUGGAGAGCGACAAUCGCGACGAGGGUAUGGUAGCCGAUCAGGAUGUAGCCGACGAUGCGGCCGAGGAUGCGGUCGAGUGUCUGGUGCUCGAGGCUUUGCAAUGCAACAAUUGCCGCAAGCAAUUCUAUGACAUUGAGUUGAGAGCAAACAGCACGCAGAGGCACAAGGAGGGCGGAGGACACAAGGACGGCAGCCGCACGGUGGAGCACUGUUCGUCGAGCGAUGACACUUUAUCUUCGUCCUUCUACGGAGCCAGGCGAAGUGUGCGCUAUACAAGCAAGCGGACACCCGGAACCUUCCGGGACUACAUGCGAUCGCGUGCUAUGAACAUCGACGAUCCGGCACUAGAACAGCAGUCGGAGGAGAACACAAGCAACAUUAGUCGCGAGGAUUCGCAGACCAGCUACGAGCAGCUGCACAACUAUGCGCGCGCUAUGGAGCGCAUGCAUGGAAUGAAACCAGCUCCCAUGGGCGAGGAGGGUGACUACUCCGAACACAGUAGUCUGGAGAUCUGCCAGCAGCAGCCGCAUCGCAGCAGUUCGCGCGCCAGCCACAAGAGCUCCGCGUCGAGUCGCAGCAGCAACGGCAAACAGACUCCCUCCAUUGCGCAGCUCGAGGAAGACGAUGGGAUAUUUUCGCCCACGCAGGAUGACGAAGAUUUCGAUGAUCUGGAUGAGGAGGAGCAGCUGCUCGCACGUGGUGCUAUCAAAAUAGUGCAGCGACGUUGUGCUGAAUUUUCGGAGGCGUCGCCCAAGCAAAUCUACGAAACAUCCACGGACGACUGGUAUGCCAGCGCUUCGGACCAGGAGGAGCAGCUCAGCGCGCGGGCCACAAUUGCUACCAAGUGCUAUGGACAGGGUGCUGUUAAUCCUGUGCUCGAAUGCGUCAAUCAAAUACUGCUGCAGCAGUCCAUGGAGGAUACGGUUCGAGAGUCCCCCAAGCCGUUGCAUCAGCAUUCUCCGCUCGCACCAAAGUCUGUGCUGGUCCCCAAAUGUGGGGAUGGCGCCAACAGCUUGCCACGACGGAGCUCGCUGAGCGGACGCAGCAACAGCUCCAAUACACCUCCAUGUGUCUCCAAUGGACGCAAGCGCGUCCACUUCUCAACCAAGAACAGCAUGGUGCACGUGCCACGCCACGAUGACGAAGAUGACGGCGAAGGGGACAUGGAGCACGAAAUGAUCUCACACUAUCAUCCUAUGGUAGCAGUGGCGCCUCCUCCGGUAGCAAACGAGACGCUCAACUACGAAAGCAUCUACAGUAACGAAUACGAGCCAAUUGGUUCGGAACGUGCCUCCAAUCUAUAUGUGGACAUGGACUCCAAUAACAAAAACUUGAACGGAGAGAGUCUUGCAACAGCUGUCGGUACAACUCCCAAGCUAUGUAAAGUACCGCCUGCGCUGCCGCCGAAGCCUGCCAACUUGCUGAAGUUCAAGAAGUCGCUGCAGCAGCUGGACGAGGUGGCCGAUGAGGCGGAUUGUGCCGCCUCCACUACCACGGCCACGGAGCCGGACUAUUGCUCGAUCUCUGAGGUUGGCGUAACGAGCGUGCAAAUCGUUGCUGACAUCCAUAAGGCGCCAACACCAUCGGAACUGGAGCUAGAGGUGUCCACAGUGGCUUCCGAUGACACCUUUGCCGUCGCUUCGCAAAAGACUGAGGAAAUCGAAGAGAUUUUCGCUGACAUACCAAAGUUACCCAAUGUGGCGGCCAUUAUAGCACCAAAACAAGCUGCUGACUAUCUGGUAAUGGCGCCAAAAACGAGCCUAGAGGCGCCCACCUCCCUAUGUCUCCAGUUGCCUACACACUCAGCCUCUUCCAGCCAGCAGUACAAACGCAAGCAUGUGCCAAACAUUCUGGCAGAGAUCAACAAACGCAUGAGCUUGCCAAAUUCCCCGACUACACCGAUAGCGCACAAGACUCCAUCUGUGACAACCCCCACCAAAUCAAGAAGCCUAAUCCAACUGGCCGACGCGUCGCCGGUGCUGCCUCUGCAGGCCGAGUUCGAUUGGUAUAAUUUGGAUGCAGAAUAUGGAAAGACAGCGAGCGCGGAAAGUCCCAAGGCACCUGAAGGGAUGCUGGAGGAGAUAAGCGAGGAUAACGAGUGUGCAGACACUACGGCCGACGAAUACAAUCUGGAUGAGGAGUUCAAUUUGCACCCCGAAAAUAGUGAAGUUACUGAUGACAAUCAUGGACAGCGGGAGCAGGCUCAAGAGAUGCCACAAGAGCCGACACAAGAGCUGCCCACGGCACCUCCAGUCGCAAAGGCCAAGAAAAUAAAGAAGAAUUUGGUUUGCUUUGAGAAGUUCAUCGAGGGUUCUGGCAUGAGCACCAAGCCCUUGCCAAGCAAACGCAAAAUUUAUUUCUCUGGUCCAUUCGUUUAAGCUUUUUGUGUCAAUAUAACAAUGACAACGAACUACAAUUGGUUAUGUUUAGAACGAAUUUAAGCCUUUCCCUAUGUCUCAACUUAAGUUUUGAUGUAUGCCUGUAUGCAAAGGAUAUUGUUUAUUUUUAAAUUGGAUAGUAUUAACAUUUUUAGAGAAU